AUUGUCUCAACUCAACUCAACUUUACUCAACUCAAGGGAGAUCUGCUUACGCUCACCUGUAAUGUUAAACAUCAAGGUGACAGCACAGUGGUUUGGAAACAUAGAAAUAAUGUUCUCUCAGUUGGAAAAAUCAGGGUGAGGAAGGAUGAGAGGAUGAAUUGGAAAACUGAUAUUCUCCUGAUAGGACAAGAUAAAAUAGAAUCGCAUAUUCUUCAAGUAUCCAGUAUUGAUAAAGAGUAUGCAGGAAACUACACUUGUCAAGUUGAAUGGAAACCUGAUUAUGAACCUUUGCAGCAACAUUAUCUGGUGACUGUUCUGAUUCCACCAAUGGUACGAGCAGUGGAAUCAUUAAUCCAGGCCGAAGAGGGAGAUGAUGUGGAGAUGGCUUGUGUUACUCAAGGAGAACCUAGACCUAGAGUUUCCUGGAUUCACAGGGAGGGACCAUUAUCCCCUAGUUCAGUCAUCACAGGAGCUCAUCUCAGUAUAAGAGGGGUUUCUAGACGGGACGGAGGAACCUACAUCUGUAUAGCAGACAACGGAGCAGGAGAACCAGGCCAAGACAGGAUUCAACUUCAAGUCCAAUAUCCUCCUGUUGUAUCUGUUCCUGAACCUGUGGUAGUAAAGGGGUCAGCUGGAUCCCUAGGCUCAGCUCGGGCAGCGGUCAUCUCAUGUCUAGUAUCAGGGAUACCUAUUCCUCAGGUGACCUGGUACAGAUCUGGUAUGCUAUUGGAUGGACUUUAUUCAACAACUUCAAACUCUACUCAUUUCAGUAUACUCAUAAACGAGGUUGGAACUCAAGAUUUGGGAAAUUAUACUUGUAUAGCUCAGAACAAUCAGGGUAGAGCAGAGGCAUCUAUUCAACUCUCAGGUCGACCCUCUGAUGUGCGGAUAUUGAGCGGAGAAGGUUCAGUUUCCUCUACACAGUUUAACCUGAGCUGGACGGUUUCAAGUUUUGCUCCGGUCACUGAUUCUCAUAUAGAAGCUAGGAAAGCGGAUUUCUAUAACGCUGCCUGGAAACAUUAUAGAUUCCAACAUCCUGCUAGAUACGAAUACUUUAACAGGGAUUCUCAGUAUUCGUUUCCUCUUACAGAUCUAUCUCCGGAUACUAGAUACCAGGUUAGAAUCAAGUGUUUGAACCAGUUUGGAGAAUCAGAAUAUUCUCCAAUUCAUAUCUUCAGAACCCUUAAACAAAACUAUCUGUAUGAUUCCUCGGGUUUGAGUGGCCAAGGUCAGAAAUGGUGGCUUCGAUCUGGGGGUGAGACUGCCCUGGGUAGUUGGUGGUUCUUUAGUAUUUUCAUGAUACUAUCACUGAUAUAGUUAAUAUAAGAAAUAAGUUGUUUGUUGUAAAAAUUAUUGUUUAUUGGAACGUAAGGGUAAUAAAAUAUUAUAUUUAUUAA